AACCCUGCAUUGUGAGUCCCAGACCUGCUUUUGCACGUGGCGAUCUCAUCCUGUCAACAGACUGACGACACACUUUGGGGGGUGGAGUCAAUCAUGAAUGAUGAAAUGAUGGAUGGAGGUUUGAUCUAAAUAUUUCAGGACAAUUUAUAAAAUAAACAUUCUCCUCUUCACUCAGCAGUCCUCAGAAGUUGAUCACUUCUAUAACCCAAACAUUUUGUGUAAACUUGUUUUGUUGUUAUAUAAGUACUAUUUUUUGCCUUUUUUGUAUUAGUGGGAUUAUUACAAUACAAUUUAGUUUUUUCAAUGUACUGGUUUUCCUGCAUUAUGGGUUUCUUUCGUGGUUCUUCCUCUGAGCAUGAUGUAAGAGGUCUAUAACCACUAUCUGAAUUUCUGCUUUUCAUAAUUACAUGAAAAUGUCACUCUGCUUUCAGAUGGGAACUUCCUACAUUCUGACUUGAGAGAAGGCCAUGCCGAAUGACUUCCAACUACAACAGAACUCUUCUACAUCCAACGGGAGCACAGAGAAUAAGGCAGGAGUUAAUGUUGUCGUUUCUUUCAUCCCAUGCGUCAUCUUCCUCUACAUAAACUGUGUGAUGCUGUACACACUGAGAAGCAAGCCUGUGUUCCGUGAGACCUCCCGUUACCUCCUGCUCUACAACCUCCUAUUGGCUGAAACCUUACAGAUGGCAUUGGCUCAGAUGAUGUUUCUAAUCGCUGUUGGCAUGGUGUUAAUGACACGCUUAGUGUGCCUUCUAGUUUUUAUACCGACCAUAAUUACCACCGUCAUAUCACCGUUCAACCUGGCACUGAUGUCUUUGGAUACAUAUGUAGCUGUAUGUUUCCCUCUGAGGCACGCCAGCAUCGUCACGGUCCCCACCACAUACGGGGCCAUCGCCCUGAUGUGGGCCAUCAGCCUUGCUAACAUGUUGGUCAGAGUUAUCAUGUUAAAGUUUCUUGAUGCCAGACCCUUUGGUCAGUUCAUGAGCAUGCUCUGCACUGAGACCAAUAUAUUCCAGUUGAAAAUAUUCUCUGAGUUUGAGAGCGGUUUUGUGUGUGCUCAGUUUGUGUCGGUGGGCCUGAUAAUUAUCCUUUCCUACGUGGGAGUGAUGGUGGCGGCCAAGGCCGCCUCUAUUGACAAAGUGUCAGCCAAUAAGGCUUCAAAGACAGUCCUGUUGCACAUGAUUCAGAUGGGCCUGAGUCUGUCAUCUACCUUUGUAAACAUGAUAUUGACAGGCCUCCAUGGGAAAGUAGAUGUGAUCACUUUCAGGCAUCUUCGGUUUUCUCUGUUUGUUUGCCUCAUCAACCUCCCCAGGUGUCUUAGUUGUCUGAUUUACGGCUUGAGGGAUAAUAUGAUCAGACCAAUCUUAAUACGACACCUCAGAUUAGGAAUUAAUUUUAAAAUUUACAAUUUUCACACUCACGAUGUUAAUCGAUAAGCAAUCUUUCACCUUCAAGUAAUUUGCUGAAUUAUGUUUCAGAAUACAACAUCAAAUGUAUACUAUCACUUAUUCAAUUCUCUAGGUAAUAUUUUUCUGUUUUAAAAGAGUUUAAAAAAUAUUAAUUUUGAAUAACCGAUAUAGCUUCACUUUUCCAUAUUCUAGCAACCUUAUUUUAGCAUGUAUGCAUCUGACAUGUACAGCCUAAGGCCUAUACUUCAGUAAAAUGUAUUCCCGUUUUUUAUAUAUAUAUUAAGUCUAUAUUGAGUCUAAAAUUAAGAUGAACAAGAAUCUGUGUGAAAGUAGAUUUAAACUUUCUUGUUUAGAAACUCCAACUCAAACCUUGUAUACCCAAGGCGGUACAGAAUGUUUUUCAAAACAGAUGAGCUUUUUUAUCCUCUGCUGGGAGGUAAGGGUGUGAGUUCAGGCUAUGUAACCCAGUCCCCUGAUAAGUCGUUUGAAAACAUUAAAUGUUAAAUUGCUCACCAAUCAGUUA